AAUAUCUGCUUUCCUGAUCGCACCUUCCACCUCCGCAUACUACCUUGAUGGUGUUCCGGAUCUCCCACCUCCCAAGUUGAUUCCUCUUCAUCAUGUCUUCACCUGCAGCAAUGCCGACUCUAACCAAAGCUUCGAAUUUCGUGACCCCUUUAGUCGGGGCGAGUCUUGACUCCAUAAUCAAACCAAGUGACAACAACCACGUGCUACCACCGGACGAACAAGAGCAGGAUCAAGUGUUAAAGAAAAUCAGAUCAUUCUGGGGUUCCGGCUCAGGGAAGUUACGAAUACAAGUUAGCGACUCACUGAGGACUUCAAAAAAAUUUAGGCAGGUUUUGAAAGAAACCCUCUUGCCUAAUGCAUACUGGUUCGAGCUAGAUCUUUUGGUCAUCCGGGAUAUGCGUCCCGUACACGGCAGUCUUGCUAGAUUCGCUGGCGAAUGUCAUCAACGUUUGAAGCAGCAGAUGCUCACGUCUGAGGAGAGGGAUUGUGUUUAUUUGGGCGGGAGCGACGUGACCUUUCUUCAGGGCAUGAUCCCCGGUCUGGGCAAAAAACCGCAAACGUAUAGGAAAGCUCCUGAUCAGUCGUAUACCAUGACUAACCCGCAGACUGGUGUACGGAUACAAACCGUGAUGUUCGAGGCAGGAUUCUCAGAAUCUUACCAUGAUUUGGCCCGCGAUAUGAAACACUGGCUGCUCAACAGCAGCGGCCGAGUACAGCUUGUCGUGUUGGCAAAUAUCCAGGAAGACAGGCGUACUCUCAUAACACAGCAAAAGACCGAGGAGUUUAAGGAUAAUAUGGCCAAUCUUCUGAUCGAAUUCGGAAACACGUACGGCAAAGCCAAUCAUGCAGAUCUCCUAGAACGAGCAACGAAGGCCUGUACCAAACAAGAGACGAAUACCAUGGCGGCUUACGAGAAAUGCUAUCAAGAAGUGAAAACUGAUGAUUGGGUUGGGCCAAUUACUGCAGCACUCGAAUUCUGGGAACUGGAUGAUAGCUCUGAACCCCACAAACGGGGGGAAACUGUUCAUGUGUUUCCUGGACCCGUCGUCGGAAGCCUGCCACCGAUAUAUAUUAGCGAUAUAAUUCAUCCGCGUUGCCAUGAAAGUUUUCCGAGUUUUGAUUCAUCUCGGAGACUCGAUUUAGACCCGUGUGGAUUCGUCAAAGCGUUGACCGACGGAAUCAAAGACCUUGCUGUCAUACGCGCACACGAUCUUAUCUGGCCAGACCCGCCAGAUAAAGGGGACUACGACUUUGAAGAGUAACUUCCCUCGAUUCGAUUAUGCGAACGCUGAAUCUUGCUGAUGAAAUAAAGGAUGAGAUAUUCUUCCUCAUGUCCACAACAGCAAUAUGGGAAGCUCAUUCUGUGAUCCUGUGGGUCACCGUGCUGCCGUGGCUUCUUUCUUCCUCAGUAAUGUCUAGUUUAGCUCUUCAAGUGUAUUAUUACCUUGCUAG